AUUUGUUUCUUAUGGUUUCUGCUUUUUCUAUAGGAACUGCUAAAAGAGAUAGUCCAAAAAAGAAUUUUGUUCCUGCUCCAAAUACUUAUUCUAUCAAUAAUUAACCAACUUCACCUUAGUGGACGUAUAAGUUUUUUUAUUUUUUAGAAUAGGAGGAAAAGUAAAAAGAGAAGUAAGAAUAAAAUCAUGUACUCCAGGACCAGGAUAAUAUCCUUAAAAAUCAUUACUUUACGGUGUACCAUGUUGUACAAUUAAAGGAAGAUUAAAAGAAAAAGUUAUUUCAUAAUCUCCAGGACCAGGUAAUUACAAAGAAGAUUCCUUUUUAACAGUAUAAAAACGAAUUCCAUCUUAUAGUAUGGGUGUAAAGAUUGAUAAAUAAAUUAAAAAUUUUGUUCCAGGUCCUGGAACUUAUGAUUUGAAUUAGACUUAUCUAACUACUAAUUCAAGUAAAUUUCCUAUUGAAAAAAGAUUAAAAACUAUGGAUGAUGGAACUUGUUCACCUGGACCAGGAUGUAAAUCUUAAAUAAUUAUUAUUUUAGAAUACAAUCUUACUAAUCAUAAUAAAUUUUCUCCACAUAAAUCAUAACCUUCAUGGGGAUUUGGAUCAAAGAAUAAUUUUAAAACUCAUUAAUCAUUAGAUAUGGGUUCCCCUGGUCCAGGAAUGUAUGAAUUAAAAAGUACAUUGACACAAUAAAGUUUUACACUUAAACCAAAACUUAAAACUUAAGAAUGUGAUAAAUCAAUACCAGGACCAGGUUAAUAUUCACCUGAUGUAUCAUUUAUUAAAUCUGCAUAACCUGUUUUCAAAAUGGGAAAAGAAGCUAGAGUUACAUAAUAAAAAUAAACUUAGGAUCCUGGACCUGGAAGAUAUUAUUCAGAGUAAAUCUAAUUAUUAUCCUUAUCUUAGAAAUUAUGAUGUCAAAAGUAAAAAAACAUAAAUUUGUUACAGUUUAAGUAAAGCAAAUAGGACAUCUAUGGUUGAAAGUGAAACAUAGUUUAUACCUGGUCCAGGAACUUAUAAUAUUCCUCCUUAAAAAUUAGGUAAUAUUACACUCAAAGGAGCAAAGGCUUAAAUGAGACCUUAAACUAUACCAGGACCAGGUUUCAUUAUCUAUUUAUACUAGGAACUUAUAAUCCAUAAGAUAAGUUAUGUUAUUAUUAUGAUGGCUCUGUCAAAAUUGUUUAAGAUAUUAAAUAAACUAAAGCUUAAUCUUCUGAUAAAAUACCAGGACCCGGUACAUACGAAUUUAAAAAAAUUUUAAUGGGACCCAGUUGGGGAUUUGGUAAACCAUAUAAAAGAAAGCCCAUUUAUAAUAUAAAUAAUAGUCCAGGACCAGGUACAUAUGAUGUACCAUCUAAAUUUGCAGAUGUACCAAAAUACUUAAAUUGUAAACCUAAAUUUUAAGUUUGA